AAAAAACAACAAUUUAAAAAAAGUUAAAAAAUCGUGGUUAAAAGGAAAGUUGUCACUUGUAACUUUAAAACUCCAGAAUAAUAAAAUAAAAGAAAUUGAAGCAGGAUCGUUCGAUGAUUUGAGAAAUUUGGUUGACUUGGAUAUAUCAAAUAAUCAGAUACACAAAAUUCCUCAAGAUUUAUUUCAAAAUCUUCUGUCACUUCGGCACUUAAAAGUGGAUCAUUUUACGCUGUGUUGUUUCGCAAAACAGAACAACCCGGGUGUUUCGUGCGUUGCCAAAUUUGAAGGAGGAUUUUCAAGUUGUGAUGAGCUUCUGAAAAAUGAUGUGCUCAAAUAUUCAAUUUGGAUUCUUGGUCUGAUGGCCUUCCUUGGAAACUUCAUUGUUAUUGUAUGGCGAUCGUUUUCAAAGGACAGCAAUCGUGUGGCUUCAUUUCUUUUAACAAAUCUCGCUGUUGCUGAUUUCCUAAUGGGCGUGUACUUGUUGAUUAUUUCAUAUAAAGACACAGUGUUGAACGGAGUGUACUUCAAACAUGAUAUUUCCUGGCGUGCAAGCAAUUUGUGCAUAUUUGCUGGUGUUAUCUCUACUCUAUCAAGCGAGGUUUCAGUGUUAACUCUGACUGUUAUCACCCUAGAACGUAUGAUAUGUAUUAUAUUUACUCUUAAAUUUCAACGUUGGUCAAUGAAGAAAGCUUGGGGCAUAAUGAUCGUUGUUUGGUUGAUUGGACUUUGUAUUUCAAUCAUUCCGUUACUAAACGAUGCAUAUUUCUAUGAUUAUAAACAGAAUUCACACUUUUUUGGACGUUCACCGGUCUGUCUACCACUCCAGUUAUCGAGCGAUCGGCCAGCUGGCUGGGAAUAUUCCGUUUUUGUAUUUCUCGUUUUGAAUGGUGUUUCUUUUUUAUUCAUUCUCCUGGCAUAUGUGUUUAUGUACCGCUCCAUAGUCAAGGCCGCCCGUUCAGUAAGGUCAACGAGGGUAAAGAAGGAUUCAACCAUUGCAAAGAGAAUGAUGUUCAUUAUUUUAACAGAUUUCCUAUGCUGGUUUCCUGUGAUAAUUUUAAGCAUUUUGGCUUUAACAGGAAAUUUAUAUGAUCCUUCGAAACAAGUAUAUGCUUGGGUGGCUGUGUUUGUAUUGCCCAUCAAUAGUAGCAUCAAUCCGCUACUCUAUACCUUCUCAACUCCAUACGUUCGGAAAAUGAUUCCCACAUCAAAUCGUCUCUCUAGAUUGCCCAUAAACUAUUCAAUUAAAGGAAGAUUUCAGAAAGGUCAGCCCAAAGGUAUUUUAGCUGACGAGAGUCCUGUCCGUGGUCUCGACACCAUUCAAACAGCUGUGUCGUCUUUUUCUACUCCUCAAGCCGUUCGCCGAACGCAUCUUGGUAAUGUUGAACAAUUAACUAAGAAAAACGUCGGAGAAAGCAGUUUUAUUCACGACUAUGUCGAACAAUAA